AGAGGUGCUGUGCGAUGCGGCGGCGUGAAGCCACUGAGCUGAAUGCCGAGAGAUGCAAAGGAUGAGAGGCUGAUUGGGAAUUAGGGUUGAGCACUGACCAAGUCGGAGUCGGUAUCCCUAAUGUAAGAAGCACAAACAUCACCCAGAUCUGCUUCAAUUGUAACGUUAGUAUCACUAUUGUGUGCUGCUCCAAGCUGUGAUCGAGGAGAUAUGGUGAAGGAAACUGCAUAUUACGAUGUAUUGGGUGUCAAUGUCGACUCUUCUGCGGCCGAGAUCAAGAAGGCUUACUACCUUAAGGCAAGGUCAGUUCACCCAGACAAAAAUCCUGGAGACCCUAAAGCUGCUGAAAAUUUCCAGGCACUUGGUGAAGCUUACCAAGUUUUAAGUGAUCCUGAGAAGCGUGAAGCAUAUGACAAGCAUGGAAAGGCAGGAGUCUUAUCGGACUCCAUGGUGGACCCUUCAGCCGUGUUUGGGAUGCUUUUUGGGAGUGAGUUCUUUGAAGAGUAUGUUGGGCAACUUGCAUUAGCUUCUUUGGCAUCUGUUGAAAUGGAAGAAGACUCACAAGAUCCUACGGUUCGUAAGCAAAGAAUUCAGGAGAAGCUAAAGGCAUUACAGAAGGAAAGGGAAGAAAGGCUCAUAGAAAUACUGAAAAAUCGCCUUCAACCAUUUGUUGAAGGUAGAACAAACGAGUUCAUAGAAUGGGCAAAUUCAGAAGCACGACGACUCUCAACAGUUGCUUUUGGUGAGGCUAUGCUACAUACCAUUGGCUAUAUUUACUCAAGGAAAGCUGCAAAGGAACUUGGAAAAGACAUGCGAUUCAUGAAGGUACCAUUUUUAGCAGAAUGGGUACGGGAUAAAGGACAUCUGAUAAAGUCGCAAGUGAUGGCAGCUUCAGGUGCCGUGUCUUUAAUUCAGAUACAGGAUGAGUUGAUGAAGCUAAACCAAGGAGAAAACAAAGAAGAGAACUUGCUGAAAGCCAUUGAAGAUAAGAAGGAAGCCAUGGUUAAUUCCCUUUGGCAGAUUAAUGUCGUCGAUAUCGAGACAAUCCUGUCGCAUGUCUGCGAAGCAGUUCUCAAAGACCCUAGUGUUUCCAAGGAUGUUCUGAGGCUGCGGGGUAAAGCAUUGAAAAAGUUAGGAACAAUCUUUCAAGGAGCCAAGGCUCCUUACAGUAGAGAAAACAGCCUGCGACAUGAAAGUGACAAACCGAUUGAUGCUGCUUCAUCAUCUUAGUAAUCUCAAGACUUGUCUAGAAACCUGCUUUAUUUUGAUGAAUGUUGUGAUUUGGAUGUGAUGGGUACUUUAUCUCUUCAUCUUUUUACCCAUUUAGUGGAUGCUGAGCAAUGUUUGCAUUGUUUUCUGUU